UUCCAAGCGGCGAAGAAGAAGUAGAUCCUCCUUCAGAUUUGUUCGUCUCCGCCUAGCUUUUAGAUUUAUGCAUCCAUCGCGGCCUUGCACAAAAUUGUUCGUCUUUUCGAUAGUAAAUUGACGGACUCCGCUCAUCCAUUUCAGUUCGCCUGACAUGCAAAACGCGGGGCACUGAGCGUCCCUGCACGAACGGUGUUGUGCAUGGACGUGCCCCUGUGACGCCCGCAAGCUAUAUAGCUCGCGUGCGAUGUGGAUAUAAAGAGUGGUUUUGUCACGCCAGUGUGGAUUUUUCGUGCCAUGGCCGAGCUGCACAUCAUAGGUCAGUUGGUCGGGGCAACGGGCUUCCCUCAGAACAGCCUCUUUUGCAAAUGGGGGGUUCACACUGGUGGGGCGUGGCGACAUCUCUCCGGCUUGAAGCAGGGUCAAACUCAAGUGGACUGCCCGCAGACAGGAGACAUGGCGUACUGGUGCCAUCCCAUCGACCUGCAUUACGCCACCAAGGGUCUCCAAGGUUGGCCUAAGAUCCACCUCCAGGUGUGGCACCAGGAUUCGUUUGGUCGGUGCGAGCUGUUCGGUUACGGCUACUGCCACGUCCCCUCCAGCCCGGGACAUCAUCGAAUUAGCUGCUGUACGUGGAGGCCCCUGGGCUCCUGGCAGGAGGAGCUAUCGCGAAGGUUCGUCGGCGGCGGACCACAGCUCAAGAACCCCGAUCUGAUCUACAGUGGGGCGGACAGAUACAGGCUGCACACCGCCGCCAUGGGCACUGUGGAGCUGGAGCUCGGCAUCAUCAUGAGAAACUUUGACAAAUAUGGCGUCGAGAGUUGACGCUAAAGGAGUUGCAUCUAUAUAUGUACAUUUUUUCCCCCCAAGACAAAUUUUGAACUAUGAACUACCAAAUGAAGAGUUGCACCAUUAAAUGGCUUUAGAUGCUCAACAAUCAUGUGUUCUCCAGGGAAAGAACUGAUCAAUAAAACACUUAUUUCCAUAA